AUGAAUUUGACAUCCAGAGCCGCAACGGAGAAGGACUUGCCCUCGGAUACAGUGGUGAGUCCCGAAAGCGCCUUGCUCGUUGCAUUUCGGACCCCAUCACUGCACUUGAGAGAGAUUUCUCGUCACGGUAUCUGUAUGCACCACAGUGCGCUAUACUUGCACGAAGCCGUCACCAGCAAUUCCUCACUGCAGAGUUGGGAGCACCGAAUCCCUCGGACUCGUCUCGAACAUCGUGAUUCGGGAGCCUGCUCUUUCUUACGCAAACCAGUUCCGGACUCUUCACCAAUCGGAACAGCCGCCGGGCUCAAUGGAGCCCUUGCAGCGUCCUUGGCGCCGAUUCGGAAGGGAAAUGCGCAUGUUGGCAACUGGGAAACGCAGACGAAGGUAGUCAACGACAAGCGGUCGGGCCGGUCCGAGCGGCCGGCCGUUUAA